AUGGGAGGAGGUUCUCCUAUGGAGAAAAUGAAGAUUUCAAGGCCUAAAGAUAUUGAUUUCAUUGAUUUGGUUCUCAAAUGGUCUAUCAAAGAUAUUUUUGAUGAAACUUUGUAUCAAUUUCAGGUGGAGAAGAUUCCUGAGUCAUUUGAAUCAGUAGAUCAUUACUUGAGUUCUUUCGUCUUCCCUUUACUCGAAGAAACACGAGCAUAUAUUGCUGUUUCCUUGAAAGACAUAGUCAAAGCACCAUUUGCUGAAUUAAUAUCCUUUGAAGUAGUACUAGAGCCUAAUGGAUCAUUGGUUUUUGAUGUUGAGGUUAAUUAUUGGAGGAACCAUUGUUGUGAUGGUCGUGUUCCUUAUAGGACAUCACCGGGAGAUAUUGUUGUUAUUUCGAAUGUUAAACUUGAAGAUGCUAGUGACCUGCAGAGAUCGGGAUAUUGGACAUUUGCAUAUGUUACUGAUGUCAAUGAGAACGAUGCAUUGGUUAAUUUUAAAGUCAGAGUUCCUCCGGGUAGCGGAAAUGUUAAGGGUAUGCGAGGAUCAUGCCAUGUAGUGUUUUUAGUAAAUGUAAUGUCGAAUAAGAGAGUAUGGAACAUGUUGCGUGUGAGAGAGAAUUUGAAUAUGAUUGAGAAAGUCCUUUGCCCCGUGCAAGAGAAACAGAUCGAACAGAAAUGUGACGUUUGUUCAGAAUAUGAUGCACCGGUUGGAGAAGUUAUGCCUAACCUGUUGUCCAAGUUGAAUGAUUCCCAGGCUAAUGCAAUCUUUACCUCUCUAGCCGCCGUGAGAUGCUACCACAAGGCUUCUGUUGAACUUAUUUGUGGUCCACCUGGUACUGGAAAGACUAGGACACUAAGUGUAAUGCUUGUUGAGCUGCUGCAUAUGAAGUGUAAUACUGUUACUUGUGCCCCAACGGACGUAACAACAGCCCGAGUUGCUUCCCAUUUGGUUAAACUGGUCCGAGAGUCGUCUAAGAAUGAAUAUGAUGGCUUUUGUCCUUUGGGUGAUAUUCUCUUGUUUGGGAAUAAGAACUGUGAGGAUGGUGAAGAUAUUGCGGAGAUUUCCCUCGAUUAUCGUGUUGACAGGCUGGAGGAGUGCCUUGCGCCAACGAAUGGUUUGAAUGCCUGUUUAAGUUCUAUGAUUAGUUUUCUGGAGGAACUCUGUGAGCAAGAGAAAGCUCCAAAGGUAAAUGUGAAGAUCAGCUCAUCGGUAGAUUUAGCUCGAUCUCAGUUUACUUCGACAGCUUCAUCUCUCCGAAGGUACAUGCUUAUGAUCUGUACACAUGUACCUAUAGAGUUCCUUCGAAAAGAAAAUGUUGAUAGAAUAGUGCUCGCUCUCUCCCAGCUUGAUUCUACCGAGAGGAUGCUCUUUUCUUGUCAGCAACCAUUUGGAGUGUCUUUAAUUAUCCAGUCCCUGAAAGAUCUUCAGCAAUCUCUCUGGACACUGCAUUUUCCUAGCGCGACGAGUAAGGAUCUGAUAAUGGAGUUCUGUAUCCAAAUGGCUUCCUCGAUUUUCUGCACUGCUUCUACUUCAUAUACGCUACAUUCUGUGGAAUCAAAGCCGUUUGACUUAUUGGUUGUAGAUGACGCCGAUCAGUUGAAGGAGUGCGAAGCAGUCAUACCCCUUCAACUUCGAGGUUUAAGGCAUGUUGUUCUCGCUGGAGAUGAAUUCAAGCUGACAGCGGUAGUUAAGAGUAGAAUUGCUCGUGAAGCUGGUCUCGGAAGGAGCUUGUUCAAAAGACUCGGUUCGUUAGAUCAUGUUAAGCACUUGCUUAACAUACAGUACAGGAUGCAUCCUUCAAUAAGCCAGUUCCCAAAUUCAAUUUUCCAUCGUAGGCAAAUCAUUGAUGCCCCGGAUGUAAAGAGUAAAGCAUAUGAAAAAAUAUAUCUUACAGGACAGUCUUUUGGUCCGUACGCCUUUAUAAAUGUGCCAUGGGGAGAAGAAGAGCUAGAUAAUCUUGGACAUAGACGAAAUUUGGUUGAGGUUGCGUUGGUCAUGCAAAUGGUGCAGAGCUUGUUCAAAGCUUGGAGUACGGCCUCCAAGAAGAAACUCCGCAUUGGUGUUAUAUCACCGUAUGCUGCUCAAGUUUUGGCCAUACAAGAUAGACUUGGUCAGAAGUAUAAUAACCAUGCACAUUUUGAAGUUAACGUGCAGACAGUUGAUGGAUUUCAGGGAGGGGAAGAAGAUAUUGUAAUAAUAUCUACCGUGAGAUCGAAUCAUGCUGGAUCCAGUGGCUUCCUGUCUAGUCUUCAUUGGACUAAUGUUGCUUUGACCAGGGCCCGACACUGUCUCUGGAUAUUGGGCAAUGAAAAAACGUUACUGAAUAGUAACUCCAUCUGGGAGGAGCUAAUUCUCGAUGCCAAGGAUCGUCAAUGCUUCUUUCAUGCAGAUGAAGAUACUAACAUGAGAAAAACAAUUUUAGAUGCCAAGAAGGAACUUGAUCAAUUGGACGAUUUUCUAAAUGGGGAUAGUGUUCUAUUCAAAGACCAAAAAUGGAAGGUAGUGUUCAGUGAGAAUUUUGGAAAAUCAUUUCGAAAGUUGGCGUCCUCGUGCUUGAGGAAGUAUGUGUUAACUCUUCUGGUUAAGCUUGCAAGUGGAUGGCGCCCGAAGAGGAAGAAUGUGGACUUAGUUUGCAAAAACUCAUCUCAGGUGGUUAAGAAAUUCAAGGUGGUUGAAGGGCGAUAUCUCGUUUGUACUGUUGAUAUUCAGAAAGAGGAGUUCUUUCAUACACAAGUUCUCAAGGUUUGGGAUAUUUUGCCUUUGGAGGAGUUUCCUGGGUUUUUGAGACGACUCGAUGCAGUAUGUUUAACGUACACUAAGGACUUCAUCAACCUCUGUAAUCAGAAGUAUUUCGUGGGGGAUUUGGAAGUUCCAAAGUGUUGGGAGGUUCAUCGUGAGGUUGUUCAGUAUAAGAACGAUGCUGAGAGAAAAUUGAACCGUGAAUCGGGAUAUGUUGAGAAUUCAAGAGUGAGUGAAAGCUUCUUGUUAAUGAAGUUUUACUCGUUAUCAUCUGGUGUUGUCACACAUUUGCUCUCCGAUCGCCAUGGUGAAGAAAUAGAUGUCCCUUUUGAAGUAACUAAUGAAGAGAGGGAGAUAAUCCUUUUCAAUAAAAGUAGUUUCAUACUUGGCCGCUCAGGCACGGGGAAAACUACCGUGUUAACAAUGAAGCUGUUCCAAAAAGAGCAGCAACACCAUAGUUCUGUUCAUGGGUUAAAUGUAGCGGAGGAGUCAAGAUUUGGACUAUACGAGGAACAUGAAGAUGACCAUAGUAUCAGAGAGACUAAUAGGACUACCUUGCACCAGCUAUUUGUCACUGUUAGUCCUAAACUGUGUUACGCGGUCAACAAACAAGUUUCUCAGCUGAAAAGGUUUUCUCUUGGUGAAAGUUUCUGGGCUGAAAGCAGCUUUGAAGCUGAUGAGUUUGAUGGAAUGACUCCGUUUAGGGACUUACCGAAUUCUUUUAUAGGCAUUCCAUACAAAAAAUACCCUCUUGUGAUCACAUUCCAUAAAUUCUUAAUGAUGCUUGAUGGAACAGUAGGUUCUUCGUACUUCAAUAAAUUUAACUUGAAGUGGAAUCUUUCCAAGGACAGAAGCUUGAGGUCAGUUGCCAUAGAAACAUUCAUAAGAGAGAAGGAGAUCAGUUAUGAUCGUUUUUGUUGCUUGUAUUGGCCUCACUUCAGACGUCAAUUGACAAAGAAUCUUGAUCCUUCAAGGGUCUUUACAGAAAUAAUGUCUCAUAUAAAAGGUGGGCUACAUGCUGGCGAUUUUCAUGAUGGGAAGCUUAGUAGAGAUGCUUAUGUUUUAAUGUCUAAAAACCGUGUCUCCAAUUUAAGUGUGGAGAAUAGAGAGGGAAUAUAUGAUAUUUUCCAAGCUUACGAAAAGAUGAAGAUGAAGCGUGGUGAAUUUGAUAUAUCUGAUUUAGUUAAUGAUAUUCAUCUUCGACUAAAACGUGAUCAUUUGGAUGGUGACAAAAUGGACUUUGUAUAUAUUGAUGAAGUUCAAGACCUGACAAUGAGGCAACUUUCUCUUUUCAAAUAUAUUUGCAGAAAUGUGGAUGAAGGGUUUGUUUUCUCGGGGGAUACGGCCCAGACUAUUGCAAGGGGUGUUGAUUUUCGAUUUGAGGACAUAAGAAGUUUAUUCUACACUGAGUUUCUCAUGGACUCGAAGAGUGAUGUCAGAAGAAAAGAUAAAGGACAACUAUCAUGUGUUUUUCAGUUGCUUCAGAACUUCCGUACACAUACCGGUGUACUCAAAAUCGCUCAGAGUGUGAUUAAUCUACUCAGUCAUUUUUUCCCUCAAUCCGUAGAUGUGUUAAAAUCUGAGACAAGUCUUAUAGGUGGUGCAUCUCCGGUCUUACUCACGACCGGAAAUGAUGAAAAUGCCAUUAUAACUCUUUUCGGGAACAAGGGGAAUAACAGUGGCAAAAUAGUAGGCUUUGGUGCGGAACAAGUAAUAUUAGUACGUGAUGAAUCUGCGAAGCAAGAAGUCUAUGGUUUAGUUGGGCAGAAAGCUCUUAUUCUGACCAUAGUUGAAUGCAAAGGGCUCGAAUUUGAGGAUGUACUCCUGUACAAUUUUUUUAGCUCAUCGCCACUCGGAAAUCAAUGGAGAGUUGUAUAUGCGCAUAUGAAAGAACAUAACUUAGCCGAUUUGUCCUUCCCAAGUUUCUGUGAUGCAAAACAUAAUAUCUUGUGUUCUGAACUGAAGCAACUUUAUGUUGCUAUUACUCGAACACGGCAAAGAUUAUGGAUAUGUGAAAGUCUAGAUGAGUUUUCCAGGCCUAUGUUUGACUACUGGAAAAUGUCGUCUCUUAUGGAAGUAAAGAAUGUACAUUCAGUCACAGAUACUAUGCAAACUUUCAGCACUCCGGAGGAGUGGAAAUCGAGAGGAAUGAAGCUGUUUUGGGAGAAAAAUUAUAAGAUGGCACUUAUGUGUUUCAAGCAAGCGGGUGAAACAGAUUGGGAGAAAAGAGCAAAGGCCGCUUAUAUCAUGGAAACUGCUGAACAAAUUCGUUAUUCUGAUCCCGAAAGGGCUCACAUCAAUCUUCUGGAGGCUGCAGAGAUAUUUCUUUCUAUUGGCAGAUUUAAGUCUGCAGCAGAGUGUUUUUAUGACUUAAAAGAUUAUAAACAAGCAGGAAGUAUUUAUUUGGACAAGUGUGGUGAACUGAUAAAGGCUGCUGAAUGUUUUACGCUGGCCGGUCGCUAUAAGAAGGCAGCAGAAAUUUAUGCAAAAGGAAAUUAUUUCACAGAGUGUCUGUCAGUUUGUACCAAAGGAAAAUGUUAUGACUUAGGUCUGAAAUAUAUCGAUUUCUGGAAGCAACACGCUUGUCAGCGCGGUAAUGUUGGGAAAAGUGCUGAUGAAAUUGAUGAAAUCAGGAUGGAGUUCUUGGAGAGUUGUGCAUCUAACUCUUUUGUGCAUAAGGACAGAAAAUCUAUGAUGAAAUUUGUCAGAAUUUUCCCAUCAAUGGACUUGAAGCGCAAGUUCUUGAUGUCUCGAAAGUGCCUCGAUGAGUUGCUUCUUUUAGAAGAAGAAUCAGGAAACAUUGCUGAAGCUAUUGAAAUCACACGUUUGAUUGGAAAUGUACUUUGUGAAGCUGAUCUUCUUGGGAAGAGAGGGGAUUUUGAUAAGGCAUGCUCACUUGUCCUCUUGUAUGUUCUGUCUCACUCAUUAUGGAUGGUUGGAAGUAAAGGUUGGCCUUUGAAAUCGUUCGUGCAAAAGGAGGAACUUUUAGAGAAGGCGAUGAUAUUCGCGAGGCAGGGGUCAAAUUUUGAAACCGUGUGCAUUGAGAUUAAGGUUUUAUCGAAUGAGUCGGUUGAUUGGUCAGUCUUGAAGCAUAAUUUCAUUGCCUCUAAGAAAUGUAAAAGUUUCCUAGGUGAAAUUUUGUGUUGUAGAAAGAUAUUGGAUUUUCAUUUUCAGUAUGACGUAACGAAGUAUGUUUGGGAUGAUAAGUUAUCGGGUAAUCUAAAUGGUUCAGAAGAACUGAUUCCGAGCAGCCCAGUUAGUGUUGGGACACUGUUUCACUUUUGGAAUUCGUGGAAGAAUAAUGUUGUUAAUGUUCUUGAUUCUCUUGAGUGCCUCGGAGAUGUUGAUUUUGGUGAAUUCAAAGGAGUUGGUGAAUUCUGUCUAAAAUACUUUGGUGUAAGGCAGCAGUUGAAUGGUCUCAACGUUACGUAUGUUCUGCUGCAUCCAGCAGCCGAAUGGGUGAAAAAUAUUCAGAGCUCUGUUGUAAGACGGAACAAACAAAUGGUAUUUGUUGAUGCUCGGCAUUUUAUCUCUGCUGUUCGUACUCAUUGGCGUACAGCAUUACUUGUAGUUGGUCUGAAGGUUCUCGAAACUCUUGCAUCCCUCUAUGAGUUGGCUGUAAAGUCGUUGCCUUUAUUUUGGCAAAGUGUGUGCCUGCUAAAUGUGUACGAGAUUGUAAAGUUUUUAAGUGAGUCCAAGCACCAUGUCUUGAACAGUUUUGCGUUGAGAAUACAGAAUGUUUUGACACUAGUGUCGACAAAAUACUUUGAGAAGAUAUUCCCCCUCGAUUCUCGACAGUCAAUGGUGGGACGUAUGAUUUCUCUAAGGAGAACAAGACUUUCUUGUGACUUACUUCAAGAAUGUAUUGUCCAGGAUAUUGGCACUAGUGGUACUCUUAGCUAUGGACAGAUUGGAAGGAUGGUGAUCAUAUGCCUUGCUUCGGGAAAACUUCCCGCGGAGCUGUACGAGGAAAUUGUUGGAAGAAUCCCAUCAGAUGUUCCUUGGAAGUCAUUCAUCGAAAUUCUCUAUUGCACGAAACAGAGAGAAUGUUGGGAAGAUUUUGAUCAGUCAGGCGAUUCUGUUAGAGACCAAUCGUUGAAAUUUCAAGAAGUUCUAUUGAGCAACAUUAAUCUUGAAUGUUAUGAGUUAUUGCAGAAAUUUUGUGAAGCUUUGCAGGAUACAUUUAGCGCGAAUUGGAAAAGAAGAGACGAGAAUUGGACAAAAAUUGACGACUGUUUCUCCCCUGGUUACUUCUUGUAUCUUCUCGAGCAUUUCCUGAUUUUGGUAUCUCAGUAUCGUGGAAUGUUCUUCGCGUUUAAAUCUUCAUUUGUUGAAUGGCUGAUAUCUGGGCAGCUUGAUUCCCGACUAACUUCUAGGAAUGCUGUUAAGACACCGGUUUUAGAAGAAUUAUAUGAUUCCAUUCUUGUGAUGGUACAAGAACUCAUUUUUGACAAAGCUAGCACAGUUGAGUGGAUUGCUCGAUCAAAAAUCAAUGUUGACAUGUACUAUAAGCAAAUGGUCUUGAGAUUGGUGUUUAUUCUGUGCUUACUGUGUCUGAACUGUGAGAUAUACUAUGAUGUUCUUUUCAAAGUGCUCAGUAUCGACUAUGUUAGGAACCAGGUUCCGGAGGAACUUUAUGUCAUUCUUCAACGAGGAACGGAGAAUAAUUGUGUUCAUAUCAAUGAUUUUGUUGAAGCUUUUCAAAAAGGAGGAGAUCCUCUUUUGGUUAUCAACCUUGGUGAGAUUGUUCCGGGAGUUGAGUAUUCCAACGUCGUCUCUGUGCAGCUGCGAGCAGAUUGCAGCAAAGAAGAUAUCUUGAGUUUGUUGAUUCCAGCUGAAACAGGCAAUUCAAUAGAUAAAACUAUCACCGUUCCAGAAGUCAUGUCAUGCGCGAAUUUUUCCUCAUAUUGUGGUGAUCAACCAAAGAUUUCGACCAUUACUCCUGUGUCAGAUCAUUACGUGCAACUGAAUUGGGCCGUGUUUCAGGAAGUAUCAGACGUCUUGAAGUCUAGUGGCAGCGAUGACAGUGCAACUUCUGCAAGUGUCUCAACUGUUAAUUUGAAGGAGGAAAUUAAUGAUAAUGUAAGCUUCUUAACCGCUGCAAUCAAUCUGUGCUCGGAGAAGAAACUUUAUGUUGCUGAGGACAUGAUGGAGGAAACUCGUAAUCUGCUUCAGGAGUUGAUACAACUCCAUUUAUUGAUGGAUACGAGUACUCUGGAAAAGGAAAGCAUUGAGCAAUUGCUAAAGAGCUUGCUAUCAAAAAAGACCAAGCUAGAAGUUUUCUUGAACCAUUUCAUUGUGCCAAAGGAUAUAAUCAUCGCGUUAGAGAACCAAUGCGCGGAGAAACUUUAUGUAUCGUGUGAUAGAGUUGCUAUGAUGGAUCUUCUUCCGUCUGCUAGUAGUUCCGAGACUCGAGGUGGUGGUUACCAGGCUGAAAGGAAGCAGGGGAAGGGGAAGGAGAAAUGUAAAAAACAAAAAGGAAGUAGGAAGAAGUAA